AUUUUAUUUUAUUUUUAUUUCUGAACGUUAAAAGAAAGAAGGUCGAAAUUAUGGAGGCAAUGGAGAGAGGAAUCGAAGAGGAUGCGGCGGAUCGAAGAAGAGAAUCAGCGAUCGCGUCCGCGGCUUCUUUACGUCCCAAUUUCAAGCCGAGACGUGGUUUAUCAGAGGCGCAACUCUCUAAAUUUCAGGAAUUGCACAAAAGACGCUUACAAAUCAAAGCCAAAUCCAAAGCACACAAAAGGGCCAAAGGAUUAGAUGACGGGAAAAGCAAGUUGCAGAAAAAUACCAUGGAAGGUGAGAGUGUUAAUGACCAAGAACCAAGUGAAUCCUCAGGGGAUCCUGGCAAUGGCGAUCAUUCAGUGUUGGAAAAAAGAGUGAAGGAUCAUUCCUCAUUCAUGGAAGGACAAGAAGACAAUGGCGAUCUAGCUACAGCAAGAAGGCGCCAAAAGUUGUAUUGGGGGCUUGACACCAAGGAACGCUGGGAACGGAAGUCUAAUAUGUGAUGGUAUAUACCAGCAUUGAUGGCAUGCUGUGAGUUCUGGCAUUUGGAGGGGGAACCAUGGCUGUGAGACUUGAGAUUAACCGUUGGGAUGUGUCCUCUUUAGCAACUUGACAACAUUGGUAUGUGAUUCAAUACCUUUAUGGUGUUUCCAGAGCAAUCUGUGUUUCCAGAGCAAUCUACAGUAAGUCACGGUAGAUUGCUCUGGAAACACCAUAAAGGUAUUGAAUCACAUAGCAAUGUUGUCAAGUUGGAUCUUAUGGUCACCAUGGGAGAUGAUGUUGAGGCAAUCCAUGGCUUAGCUAUUACAGCCAGUUUGGAUUAGUUUGAUCAGCGUUUGUGCCUUUAGGCAUCAAACUUUAUGUUCCAUGUGGUUAUUUUCUUUUUUAAGGCCUAAUUUGUUUAGUUAUUUUUUGAGAGUGUUUAGUUAUGGGAAAUAGGUGUACAAAGACUGAGAUUAUAGCACUGAUUGUUUCGAAUCAAAUUUUGUGUUGAACGGUGAAAUUCUAAAAUGGAUCAAAACCCUAAGAAUAUCUAGAGAUGGCAAUGGAUAGAGGUAGACCGAUA